AUGAAGGGCCCUUCUUUGGUUCCAUGGGUAAAUGGAUCUGAAUUAUUGGCCGUUUUUUCUUUAUUGUUUGAUAAAUCAGGUUCGGUAAGCGAAAGAUUUGCAUCCGCUUCUUCCAUCCUUACUUCAUGGUCGCAUCGAGGCGAAGUUCCCCUUGCUAUUGAAUCAACGCUCAACAUUGUUAACGUGAUUCUUCUUGACCUUAAUAUGUUUUACGGCAAUUCAAUAUCAAAUAUGUCAUCAGGAAAUGUACCAUUAGGCCUGGAGGAACUUUUUGAUUUCCCGGAACCGUCUGAACAGCCUCUAUUUACGAAUGCACCCUGUGCCAUGAGUUUAUCAUAUGCAGCCACUAUUAUUAGGUAG